AUGCUGAAGUCGUGGUUCAUCCCCGCUGUCUACGCGGCACUUUGUCGCGGUGCUCACUCGACCGUCUUGGCAGACAAGUGGGACGAACGCGCCGAUGCCAUCAUGGCCACGUUCACGGAGGCAGACAUUAUCGGACAGAUGACUCAACUCCAUAUCAACAUGGUUCUAACGGAUGACCUUCAGGUCGACGAAGACAAGGUUCGCGAGUAUGGAAAACUACGUGUGGGAUCGUACAUGUCAAGUCCAUUCACCGCCGGACCUAGGAACGGCACCUACACCUGGACGGUAGACGAGUGGCGCGAGCGUAUCACUAAGAUCCAAGACAUUUCAAUGGAGGAGAACGGCGGCCACCCGAUCGUCUACGGUGUCGAUUCGGUCCACGGUGCUAAUUGGGUCGAAGGUGCCGUUCUGUUCGGUCAGCAGAUCAACGGAGGCGCGUCCUUUAACCCCGACCUGGUCUACGAAAUGGGCCGCGUUACGGGUCGUGACUCGGAAGCGGCUGGGAUGCCGUGGGUCUUUGGACCGAUUCUCGGUAUCUCGCGUAACCCGCUAUGGGCGCGCACGUUUGAGACGUUCGGCGAGGAUCCGUACUUGAACUCAGUACUGGGCGACGCUAUCAUCCGUGGUCUACAGAGUAACAAUCACACUGCUGCGUGCAUGAAACACUGGAUCGCGUACACGAAGACCCCUUCAGGACACGACAAGGAUGCAGCGCAGGUAACGGACUACGACCUGUUGAACUACUUCUUGCCACCAUUUAAAGCUGCGGCGGAAGCUGGAGCAAUCAGUGCAAUGGAGAACUACAUUUCGGUCAACGGUAUCCCAACCAUCGCGAAUGGUAAACUCAUGAAUGCUCUGCUGCGUGACGACCUGGGCUACGACGGCAUGAUGGUGUCAGACUACGCCGAGAUCGAGCAGCAGACAGAUUUCCACCGCACUGCACGAACCUACGCCGAGGCCGUUCGGUUGUCACUGACGCGCACGUCACUGGACAUGAGCAUGGUUCCCGAUGACAUCAGCUUUGUCAAUGACACUAAAGCACUGCUAGCCCAGAGCCCGCAGUAUUUGCAACGUCUGAAGACAUCUGCUCGGCGUGUGGUCAAGAUGAAGCUGAAGAUGGGACUGUAUGAUACGCCCAUGCCGGGCGAGCAGAACCUGGCAUUGGUCGGCAAUGACGAUGACGUCGCAGCCGCACUUGAGCUCGCCCGCGAGUCGAUCGUACUCCUACAGAACAACGACAGUACCCUUCCUCUUCCAGAGGGUGCACAGAUCUUCCUCACGGGCUUCGCUGCCGACAGUAUCGGUCGCCAGUGUGGUGGGUGGACUACCACUUGGCAGGGCUACACUGAUCAAGACGGACACCUGCCCCACGGCAUCACGGUGAAAUCAGGUAUUGAGCAGAUCGUGGGAGACUACAGAGUCAAUUACUUCAACGGUCUCAACCAGAACGGCUCGUAUUCGGAAUCCGAUAUUUCUGUGGCUAAAGAAAUGGCAAGCAAGGUGGAAUACACGAUCGCUGUGAUCGGUGAGGAUCCGUACGCAGAGAAGCCUGGAGACAUCGAAAACCUGGCGCUUCCUGCGGGACAAGUCGAAUACAUUAAGGAGUUGGCGUCUACUGGCACGAAAGUGAUUGUCGUGCUGUUUGAAGGACGCCCACGUCUGCUUGGUGAGAUCCCGCAAAACGUCCACGCGGUGGUGAACGGUCUACUACCAUGUGAGCUUGGGGGCCAAGCCAUGGCAGAAAUUCUGUACGGCAAGGUGAACCCCAGUGGACGCAUGCCGAUCACCUACCCGAAGCGUCCGGCAAACGUCGAGAUGACGUACAAUCGCCCGGUUUCGUCAAUGUGCCAGGACAGUUUAGAGGGCGGUGCAUUCUACUGUGAAAACCAAUGGGACUUUGGAACUGGUUUGAGCUACACCAACUUCACAUACUCGGCGGUUCGCCUGAGUCGCAAUGUUGUCCAGUCUUCAAGCGAGUCGGUGGAUGUGUCGGUGGAUGUGACGAACUCGGGAAGUAUGGCUGGCAAGGAGACCGUGAUGUUGUUCCUGAUUCAACCAUAUCGCUCGCUUAACGUGCCAGAGAUGAAGCAGCUCAAGAAAUUCUCAAAGAUCAGUCUGGAGCCUGGACAGACACAGACUGUCAACUUCGCGCUAACGGCAGACGACUGGAGCGUGUAUUACCCUCAAAUGGGCCACGGGCUCAAGAGGGUAGCGGAGGACUGCGACUACGUCGUAGCCAUCAAGCCGGAGACGGACUGUGACGUGUAUAACGAGACGGCGGUGGUAAACCCACUGUGUGCCACGUUCACGUUGAGCACUGGAGACUACCCGUUCGGCUCGCUGGAGGAGCCGUGGUGA